AUUGAAGUGAGAAGGUUGGACGCGAUGACGCAAUUUGCUAUUUCGAAGCUGAUCGUUCUUCUUGCAGUCUCUAGCUUUGCGGUUGCGAUCGAAGACGAAGUCGGCGCAACGACUCGUGGAUACUUGCUGACCGAUAUCCCAGAUUCAAACGAUGACAUCGACACGGUUUACGCAUUCCCUGUUUCUCGUGAAGGUGGUUUAACCUCUGGCGAAAGGCACACGAUACUUCUUGGGUUUCGGAACAGUGGCGUUUUGCCCGUGACCGUGUCUCAAAUUGCGGGCUCUUUGAACUCACUCAACCAGUUUUCUUUUUAUGUUCGAAACUUCACUGCAGUUGAUUAUAUGAGCUCUGUGGAACCUGGCAAGGAAGCAACUUUUGAGUACAGUUUCAUGCUUGAACCUGAACAUGCUGGUCACGUAUAUGCUUUAUGUUUCACGGUGUUCUUUCAUGAUGAUGCAGACACGUAUGCUACCACUUUCUUCAAUACCACAGUAGUUGUGCUUGACCCCAACACUGUAGUUGACGCUAAAUCUGUUUCCCUGUACACGUUCCUUGUGGUGCUUUUCUUGUACGGUGUCUACCUCAGUUUGAAGAUCACUUGUGCACUACCUGUGAUUGAAAGUUGUAUGAAAAGGAGUUUCAUCGGCGAUGGCGUGCGACAAGUCUUCGACAUAGGUACUGACCGUAGCCAACAGAACAACAAUACUGAGUGGUUGAAAGGAACGUCCUGGACCGAAUUCGGCAGCAAUAAUAAAAAACGGAAAGAUAAUUAAUUGAGGUAAUGCAAUGGAAACGGUGCCUAGGUUCCUAGUUUUGAGAUUGACGAGAUGUAUGUUUCUUCAUUUUACCUCUCCAUCGCUGUAUUUCUUGCUUGGGUGAGGUCAAAGCUUCGAAAAAAUAAUACUGUUUUGUAUAUGCCCUCUAUACAGUAAAGCAGGGGUGUGAAAUUAGUCUUACACAUCUAUGAACACAUACAUCACUAUAAG